AUGGAGAAUUACUUUGACCCUGAACUUUGUGGCCAGCACUCACCAUCACCCACGGAGAGCUGGAGUCCACUAGGAAGUCCAACGUACGAAGGAACUUAUAGUGACGAUGAGCAAGAGGUGAAAAAGAAAGAAUGUGCUUUUUGCAUAGAGGAGCGCUCGUGGACUAAGUCCACGCGACAACUCCGGGAAGCCAAACAGGAGAUGUGUCUAGCAAUCGCGGACGAACAGGUAUCUCUCCGUAAGCAGUUCGAGAAGGAAUUUGAGGAGAAGUUCAAAAAAAUGAAAUAUUGGCAGGAUACGACACAAAUGGUGAUAAAGGAUUCUUUUUGCCUGCGGGAACAGAUAUCCCGCUUGGGAAUGGGGAUAUACGGGGCCAUGCGGCCUCGAGCUGAAGGUGUUAGAGAGUUUGAUAAAUUUAGUGCAAUGGAGUUUGAGAAAUUCCGAAAAGAAAUGCUCCGUCGUUUGGCGGCUGACCGUUGCGAGGGAUGCCAGAGUGCUGCUGUCGAAUUACAAAAGGAGCUUUUCGACUACGCCCGAGUCAGUGAAUGGAAACAAGGCCUAGAAUAUUUCAAUCAACAGGAGGUGGAAGCACAUCGGACUUUAAUGGAGAUGAUGGAUAGCGUGAUAGAGGACUGCAAACGGAAGUAUGAGUUGGUGUCUAAGGCGAAUCAUGACAUGCGUGUAUACUUAUGGCAUAUGAGGGCCUUCUUUGAGGAAUCCACCUACGUUCCCCGAGAUGUGCGCGCAGGGCCAACGGGAGGGACAUCGCAGCAGCCACAAGCAGCAGAAGAAUGA